AUGGUUUCCUCAAGACUAGUUUUCUUCGUAUCUGCCAUUUUCAUUCUCACUGCCCAAGCCGUCGCGCGUCCAGACUUUCUCUAUAAUUUUUGUGAACUCGAAAAGGGCAACUACACCUCUAAUAGUACCUAUCAGGCAAACUUGAAUGACCUUCUCUUUUCCCUCUCCUCCAACACUGAAAUUGACCAUGGGUUCUACCAUUCAUCUCAUGGCCAAAACUCCGACCGAGUAUAUGGAAUUGGACUUUGUAGAGGGGAUAUUAACGUGAAUGUUUGCCGUGGUUGUCUCAAUAAUGCUGCGUCUCUUCUCACGGAGCGCUGUCCCAACCAAAAGGAGGCAAUUGGGUGGUACGACGAAUGCAUGUUACGCUACUCAAAUCGCUCCCUUCUCGGCGUCAUGGAAACUUUUCCCAGUUUCUAUAUGUGGAACCCGAGCAACGUAUCGGUCUAUUACGUGAAUCAAUUCAACCAAGUUCUUAGGACCUUGUUGGAAAGCCUAAGAAGUGAAGCUGUCGCAGGUGGUCCUGAUCUUAAGUUUGCAGCAGGAAACGCAACCGCACCGAUGUUCCAAACAUUAUAUGCACUUGUACAGUGUACACCUGAUUUGUCUGAGCUAGAUUGCAACAAUUGCUUAGCUGGGGCUUUUCAAAAUAUUCCACUCUGUUGUGAUGGUAAGCAAGGUGGGAGAGUCAUUAGACCCAGCUGUAAUAUCAGGUUUGAGAUCUACCAGUUCUAUAACCCUACAACUGCUGCGUCACCCAGAUCUAGAAGACCAACAAAUACAGAUAAUAAGAGAGAAGCUUCCAUGGUAUUAAGCAUCUCCAUGGGCGUCUAUUUAAGUGUGAAGAGGCUAAGGAAUAAUGACGGAGCUACGAAUGAAAGUACAAGAAUAGAAUUGGAAUCCUUGCAAGUAGACCGUGGUUCUGAAUCAAAUAAGCUUGGGCAAGGGGGAUAUAGUGCGAUUUACAAGUAUGCAUGA